UGGCGGAUGCCUGCUCCGCGGCAGGGCGGCGCGGUGGGAGACCAUGCGGAAAGCGGUGUUGGUCACCGGGGCGAGCAGCGGCGUUGGCCUCGCCCUCUGCAAGCGGCUGCUGGAGGAGGACCACGAGCUGCACCUGUGUCUGGCCUGCAGGAACAGGAGCAAAGCGGAAGCGGUCCGCGAGGCUCUGCUGGCCUCUCGCCCCCUCGCCGAGGUCAGCAUCGUGCAGGUGGAUGUCAGCGACCUGCAGUCGGUGUUCCGGGCUUCCCGGGAGCUCAAGCAAAGGUUUCAGAGAUUAGACUAUGUCUAUCUGAACGCUGGGAUCAUGCCCAACCCACAGCUGAAUAUCAAAGCGCUUUUCUCUGGCCUCUUUUCAAGAAAAGUGAUUCAUAUGUUCUCCACAGCUGAAGGAUUGCUGACCCAGGAAGAUCAAAUCACUGCCGACGGGCUCCAGGAGGUGUUUGAGACCAACGUCUUUGGCCACUUCAUCCUGAUUCAGGAACUGGCACCUCUCCUCUGUCACAGUGACAGUCCUUCCCAGCUUAUCUGGACAUCGUCUCGCAAUGCGAGGAAAUCGAAUUUCUGCCUCGAGGACAUCCAACACAGCAGAGGCCAGGAGCCCUACAGCUCCUCCAAGUACGCGGUUGACCUGCUCAGCGUGGCUGUGAACAGGAACUUCAACUCGCGGGGUCUGUAUUCCAGUGUGGUGUGCCCGGGUACCAUGGUGACCAAUAUGACGUGUGGAAUUCUCCCUCCCUUUGUGUGGACACUGCUGAUGCCAAUCAUAUGGCUGCUUCGCUUUUUUGCAAAUGCUUUCACUUUGACACCGUACAAUGGAACAGAAGCCCUGGUAUGGCUUUUCCACCAAAAGCCCGAGUCUCUCAAUCCCCUGACCAAAUACCUGAGCGCCACCACUGGCUUUGGAAGCAAUUACGUAAUGACCCAGAAGUAUCCUGAAGAAGAAAUCCUUGGGAAUUCUAUUAUGGACCUAGAUGAAGACACCGCUGAAAAAUUUUACCAAAACUUACUGGAACUGGAAAAGCACGUUAGGGCCACCAUUCAAAAAAGAAAUCAUCAGAGCUGACCGUUAUCCCCUCUGAAACACUGGGUGCCUUCUGCGCAUUCUGGACUUCCGUUGAGUUGGAUGAUGUGCACUUUUGGGAGACCAUGAACUAGAAGGGUCUCUUUUCCUUCCUUUCAGGAUUCUAAGACUGUGUGUGUGUGUGUGUGUGUGUGUGUGUGUGUGUGUGCGUGUGUGCGUGUGUGUGUACACAGGAGAAAAAAAUGGGUAAGUAAAAUAUCAGUUACAUAGUCUCCAGGAUGGUGUCACAGCAAAAUUGUGCGAGGGUCACCCAACCAAGUAUGUGCUCAUUGGUUCUGCCAACUGGAGCCCAAGGCCCACGGCGUGGGAUGAGGUGUGGACCCGAGUAGCCGUGACACAGGCACUCGCUGGUCUUCCACUUGGCCUGCUCGAGCAGGAGAAAGUACCGGUCGCCCUCUGAGCGGUAAUCUGAGCUGUGUCCCUUUUCUUGUGAACGGUUUUCUUAGGUCUUGUACCCGAUUUCUUCCUCCACAUGCUGCUUCUAAAAAUCCUGACAUCGUUAGCAUCCUAACAGUCCUAAUACAGAUACCCAUGUAGUUCAUCGCAGGAACAGAAGUGUCUUUGUGUUUGCACCACUUGAAUCCUGUCUUUUGAAAGUGUCUUUUACUGAUGUUGAGGUGGCCUGUGUCAAUACCGCGCCCGACCCUUAGCACCAUUUGCAAAUUGGUUCAUUACUGACCAACCUGUGUUCGUGAUUAUAUUUUAGCAUAGGCACACUUGCAGCAAAACGUGAUUUACUCACGUUGUGUCAAAUUUUCCAACUGAAUAAUUGCCAGUGAGCUAUCUGCUGGUGUCAGUGGUUAGGACUGUGGUUAGGACUCAAGUUUGCGUGAUGUGAAGACAAAAUGCUAUGAGAUGCCUAGGUGUUUUUGCCCCAAAUACAACCAGCACCCUACCUGGAUUGUAAUAAAGUGAGCAAAAGUUUGAAUGACUUAAUAAAAGCAAAACACGUUCUAGAAAUGUCAUUUCUAUACAUUCUCAGUACGGAUUUUGGUUAUGGUUUCUCUAAUUUUGUUGCUAGAGAUGCCGUUGAUGACGUUAAACAUUCUGUGCGUGAAGAGAAGGACUGUCUUUGGGGUUGGAGAGUGGAGGGCAGGCUGGGUUGAACUCUCGCAGCCACUCACACUGCAAGUUUGCAGGAAGCACUUUAUUGUGGAUCUCGGGCUCCACAUCAGGGAGGUGGAGUAGUUAGCGUCCUGCUUCCUGUGGUCACGGGUGUGGAGGGACAUUAAAUGCAAUAACACAUGGGAAUGAAUAAAGAGCAUUUUUUGAGAA